AUGAGCGGACCGUCAAUACGAAGCCUCCGCCAAUUGGCGCUUGGUAGCAGCCAAGCCGUGCGGCCAACGGCCGCGACCUUCACGAUCGCAUCGACAUCAUCACGCAACCCCACUGCCCGUGUUCUGUCCACGGCCGCAGUCCAGGCCACACGGCUACCGAAACCCAAGAAGCCAACAACACAGGCCCCGAAGCCGACAACACCACCUGUAGUGCCGUACAAACGGUACCGGCAACCGAAGCCGGAGCUGACCAAGUUCCCCGAGGGCCACGGCGAGCAGAUCUGGGUCUACAACAACAUUGUGACGAACCAGGUCGUCUACUCGCACACACCAGUCCUGAGAAGCAACCGCGCGCUCAAGCAGCUGCCCUUCAACGGCAAGAAGACGAAGCCGGCCAAGCUGCGCAAGGACUACUGGCGGCCCAUGGCGCUGAUACAGUUUGGCGAGGGCGAGGGCGUCGUGGGCCAGUCGGUGUUCCAGAAGCUGCGCGAGUUCCGGCGGCUGCACGAGCUGUCGUGGGGCCACCAAAAGAACGACAUGUACGCGCUGGACCGCAAGGCGCUGGGCGAGGCGCUGAACGACCAGCGGGCCAACAGCAUUGCGGACAUGGCAGCGGUGCUGGCGGGCGCGGGCCAGGGCAACCGGAUACAGGUGCGCGGCGCGGAGGCGUCGGCGUCGACGUCGGCCGUGGUGCCGGCCGACGGCAAGCUGGCCGAGGCGAUUGUGUUCUGGGCCAAUGACCAGGACCGCAACAUUGCCGGGUCGUGGUCGAAGAACGUGCGGCAUGCGGCGGGCCUACCGCCGUUGACGCGGGUCAGACAGAGCGAGGAGGAGGAGGUUGCUGCAGCAUAG